AUGAUGGUCACUCAAAAAUAUCUUUAUACUUUUUAUUUUUCAAUUAUUGCGUGUCGGCUGGUAGAGCAUGACUCGAUGGUCAUUCUUUCUCUUCUCUUUUCUCCAAAAUAUUUUUUCUACCCAUUUUUUCAUGCAUAUUUUGUCCAGCCGGAUCAGCUUUUCUUUUCCAACUCUUCGCCCAAUGUCCAUUUAUCGCCAACGACCUUCAUUCACAUUUAUUUUUUCUCUCUAUUUUUUCUUUUCAUAAAUUAAUUUAUCCCCUUUUUUAUUGACAGUGGUCAGCAAUAAAUAUAUGUAUACAUACAUAUCAACUAAAACCUAAAACUUCUCCAAAUAACUUACCGUAAAUAUUCUAAAAGAAGCCCGGCCGGCUCCAUUAGAAACUCAUGCCCUAUUAAAAGCCCACUCAAUGAUAUCCAUUAAAGAACAAACCCCCCAGAGCUUCUAUCAGAACAUUUACAGGUAUAUUUAAAAAUUCCAAAACUUUAACAAAUUUUCUUUUCCAUCAUUCUUGGCCACCCAGACGAACAUCCUUCCAUUUUUUACAUUUUGUCUGGCGUGAUAUUUUAUACCCUCUGGACAGCCGUUAUUUUAUACGUUUUAUUAAUCGAUCAUUUUGUAAUUUUUUUAUUUAAUGGAAUAUUUUUAAAGCCUCGAGAAUGUACAUAUAUUUUUCCGUUCCUGUCCUUCUCAUCUCUCUCUUUUCUCCUUAGUUUUUAUCUCAAAGUUCCUCUAAUCCCCAGCCUAGGGCAACAGUGUUUUGAUGGGCACUGUUGGCCAUGAGAGAGGAGAUAGCUAAAGAGGAUAGCUAGCUCUAUACUAUAUAAUUAGUUUGUCUGGACAGCGGACGUGAAUAGAAAAUAUAGGAGGGGAGGGGGGCUGCUUUUUUAUAUUUUUUUUUUCUUUUUAUUUUUGCAAAAAAAUAAAUAAAAUAUUUGUCGGAUGGCCGUCUAGUAUUUUUAUAAUGUUGUUGUUGUUUCUUUUUAUUUUUGUUUUGUUGUUUUUACGAACAAACCAGCUGGCUUAGAAUUUAUAGCCAAGUAUUAUUUUGG